CUGCAGCUGCAGGGGGAGCUGCGCCCGCGGGGCACCUACCGCCGGCACUACCGCGGGGUGCUGCCGGCGCUGGCGGCCGUGAGCCGGGCCGACGGGCUGCGCGGGCUGCAGAAGGGGCUGGCGGCCGGGCUGCUCUACCAGGGGCUGAUGAACGGGGUCCGCUUCUACUGCUACUCGCACGCCGAGGACCGCGGGCUCACGCAGCGGCCCGGCGGCACCGUCGCGGCCGGGGCCGUGGCGGGGGCGCUGGGGGCGUUUGUGGGCAGCCCGGCGUAUCUGGUCAAAACGCAUCUGCAAGCCCAGACGGUGGCAGCCAUGGCUGUGGGGCAUCAGCACAACCACCAGGGCGUCUCCAGCGCCUUUGAGACCAUCUACAGGAAGCAGGGGCUCGUGGGCCUGUGGCGGGGUGUGAACGGCGCUGUGCCCCGCGUCAUGGUGGGCUCUGCAGUGCAGUUGGCCACCUUUGCAUCAGCCAAAGAGUGGGUCGAGAAGCUCAAGUGGUUCAAGGAGGGCAGCUGGAUGGUGGCCUUGGCGGGAGGCAUGAUCAGCAGCGUGGCUGUGGCUGUGGCGAUGACGCCCUUCGAUGUGGUCAGCACCAGGCUCUAUAACCAGCCCGUGGAUGAGCGGGGCAUGGGGAAGCACUACCGAGGGUUCCUCGACUGCUUUGUGCAGAUCUCCAGGAAAGAGGGCAUCCUGGCUCUGUACAAAGGGAUCGGUCCUGCCUACCUCCGCCUGGGGCCUCACACCAUCCUCAGCCUGCUCUUCUGGGACGAACUCAGGAAGCUCACUUACCACCACCAGCAGCAUGGCGUUUAAGCCCCUGGGGCUACGUGGGCAGAUCCUGCCACAAGAUCACCUGCGCGUGGCCUCGGGGGUCUCUCCGCCCGCCUGAUGGGACCAGAAGUGGGGGACGGGGGGAUACGGCAGUCUAGGAGCCCAGGCAGUCAGCUCAGAACUUUCAGGGGGUGCUGAAAUCCCCCAGAUUUGUAGGGUUUCAGGAGAGAGGAGCUCUGUGUCCAACUCCACUGCCUACAAUAGGCUCCCACCUGCAGCCACCGCGCAGAGCAAGAGCGGGCUUCCAUCCAGGAGCGCUGGCCAGCUGCUGUGGAGCGAGAGGGAGCCGUCCUCUGUCCGUGUGCCUGGGAGCCAGGAGGUCUGCGUUCUGAUCCCAGCUCUGACACUGACUCCCUUCUGGGGCCUCGGGCAAGCCCAUCGCCCCGCCCUGUGCCUCAGUUUCCCCAUCUGUGACAUGGGGAUCUUCCUAGGUGCCUCCUCAGAGGGCAGUUGUGAGGAUUAAACGACCUGACGUUUUGCAGAGUGCUUUGAUGCUGUAAAGAGGUGGGUAGAUACAUGUGCCAGGUGGAUUCUUGCCAGGUAAACGUGGCCUUAGAAGGACUGAAGGGACCUAGUGCCGUUCCUAAGCGUUGUUCAAGGAGGUGCUCCCCGGUGCAGGCCUUGGCCUUCUUCCCUGAGUAAAUCGCAUUUAACCCCUUGUACCAGGAGCUGCGGCAGGGAAGGGUGGACUGUUACGUCCUACAGAGCACCUACCUGGCAGCGCCGAGUCCCAGCAUGGUGCCAGCCUGGGUUGCCCUGGCACUGUGCCCAUCCCUGGCUUGCGAGAAGUUCCAGGCGCUCAGACACCAGGCACAGCACAGGAACCAAGAUCAGCCAGAAGCAAAGUGGUGAGAGGCUGCCCCCCGAUGAGGCCGUGGAGCCCCCCAGCCGUGGGGCAAGGCAGGGAGGCAGGCCUGGGUUUCACGGUGAAUUUGAUUUGCUUGUUUGGGGUUAACUUUUGGCCCUUGCUUCCCCUGCCCUUGUAAGGCAGGGCCCCCCCACAUCACCACCUCCCCCCAGCCCUGCUCAGUCAGAUUGCAGGGACGAGUUCAGCUCUGCUCAGCCCGGCUGCACCCGCAGGUGCAGGCUGUGCUCGGUGUUCCCAGGUCCUUGCACGCAGCCGGGGGCAUGUGCCGGGGGGGGACGCUGUGCCACUGGCGGGGUCACUGGGACCUGCUCCUGCCCUCCCAGGAGGCAAGCAGGAGAACAUCUUCCUGAGCAAGGGGGACGUCUAAGUCCUGGGCUCUGACAAUUUGGGCCUGCCACAUCUCUAAGCCUUAAUCUCACCCUGCCCUAGUGCCCGGCACGCGCUGGGUGCUACUAAACCAGUGCUGCCCGCUCUGUGCAGGGGUCACCAGCUCCCAGCACAGCGUUCACUUCUACUCAACAGAGGCUGGAACCACAGCCCCAGCUUCGGGCCGCUUGCCGCAAUCAAAUAAAAGAUUUUUUUCUACUUUCUUAUUUUUA